AUGGCAUCCCUUUCACCCAUGGAGACCAGCAUGUCGCCAGUCCGAAAUGUACAACCUAAAAACGUCGCAUUCGAGCUCCUCAUCGAGGAGUCUCCCCAAUACCGUGCGCGCCUUCCCCUGCGUGUGCAGAUAUACCCCCAUGACAGCACCGAUUCCAUUGUGACCACGGUCAAGAACUUUUACGGUCUCUACUCGGGCCCAACUGGGAGCAAGGGAGUCAGUUUUGAAGACGACCGAGGUAAUACUCUCAUUGCAAGAUAUGAGAAUUUUAGCAACAACAUGGUCGUCUAUGUCAGAGUCAUUGAAGGUUCUCCACAGCCGCCGCCAACUUUUGUUGCGAAUGCCUUUGCGCAAGCGCCCAUAGGGGCUCCGCCGUAUGGCAAUGGAGACUACGCCGCUCAAUCUGUCCAGCAGUUCGGCCAGCACCUCUCCAGGCCGGACUCGAGGACUUCUUGGAGGCGCAGUCCUUCGCCCAAUGGCGGUCGUGGACGACGUAGCGUGUCUGUCAGUACGAACCCAGCCGCAAGCAAAAAGGGCCGCUCCCGUUCCUCCAAGAACCGAGGGUCUACCUACGACAAUCACAGCGACAGUAUGAAUGGCUACAGCAGCGGCGACAAUGCACCCGGCUCUGUCUCGAGCAAGGCCAAGGAGGCAAUUGGUACCACAGACAUCAGUGUAGAGAACAUCGUCGAAGGCGGUCGCCGAAAACGUGCAAAGUUCGAAAGCUCCGAACUGCCACUGUUUGCGCCGCCGCAGAUGCCGGCUGCCACGUCCAACCCGUCCGUUUCCCCUGCCCGCCGGAUCGAGCAGCGCCCCCCUAUGCCCUUUGCGCACCCAGGUCAAAACCCCUUCACCAAUCCCCGACCGCUACAAUCCCCGCAGAACUACAAUCACGGCUACAGUCAGAUUGGCAUGUUCGCGACACCUACUACAGACUCGAGACGUCACCGGGGCAGCAUGGGCUACCCAACUGGUGGCGCGGGAAUCCUCCCAACACCCGAUCCCACCGUUGGCAGCUGCAUGUCUGAAGAAGAUAAAGAUGUUGCGAUCCAGCUUAUGAGGCUGGGCGAUAUGUCCAACAUCUCUCACGGAAGAACGUCUGCGUCAACAUUGGACGACACGUUCAGCGGCAGGGCUGAUGCUGCCUCAUCUACCGGUGCCACCAGCGAAGCCGAGAGCGAAGCCGACGACGAGCAGCCGCCGCCGGCGCGCCGCCCAAAUCUGGACCUGACAGGAGCCCAUCGCAAUAUAUAUCAGACAACCGAGAGCCACUUCGUAGUACCAGGAGAAAGCGCCGAAGCUAGUGGCGACGACGCUGAUUACGAGGACGGGGAAGAAGGCCCUUCAGCACGUAACUCGAACAUGACCAAGCCCAAGGCUCAGAGCGGUGGCAAGCCUCGUCUGCCUAGCUUGAAGACCAAGUCCAGCAAGUCUAGCAAGGCUGCAAAGACAGAUGGUGCCAAGGUUAAAAAGACCAACGGAGUGUCCGCUGGCCCAAUGUCGCCCAACUCCUUGCCUGCCCAAUCGCGCAAGCCAUCCAUCGUGUCUUCUACGGGCCCUCCGGGUCAAGUAGGUGAUGACGACCACCCAGAUCUGUCCACCAAGCCCCGCUGCCAGCGCUGCCGCAAGAGCAAGAAGGGCUGUGAUCGCCAGCGGCCCUGUGGCCGUUGCCGCGAUGCUGGGCUCAGUGCCGAUCAGUGCAUCAGCGAGGAUGAGGGCAACGGGCGCAAGGGUCGCUACGGACGCCACAUGGGCGUCCCCAUCAAACAGACCGAGGCUUCUAGUCAGCCGACUCUCCUUCCUGCUGCUCCUAUCGCUUUGCCGAUGGCUGCUCCGGCCGACAAGAACAAGAAACGGAAACGGUGA